UGGAUCCGCCACUGCCCUACAGUUACUGAGUUAUAUAGAUUAUGUAUGUAGGGUCUUUUGUUGUUAAAAUGACUUGUCCCACCCUAAAAUGGCCAAAAUAAGUACCUUUGCCAUCAUACUUUGCAACUGUCCCACUCUAAAAGUCAUAAAUAUUGCCUGCAUAUUACAAGAUUUUCAUUUUUCAGAAAUGUGCUGGUUACCGGAAGUUCACAAGAACCAGUUAAGCGAAGGUAACACCCUACAACAUGCAACAUGAACAUGAACUGAUCACCGGGACUGCAUUGCGUAUGAAAGACAGUUUUGUAGGGAGGUAUUUGAAAGAUUGGUGGACGCUAAACAUAGAAAAAACUUGGAAUGGCCUAAGAGAAGACGAAUGUCACCUUCAUCAGAAGCAGAUUUUUACUGCCAGGCUGGCUUUGACCAAAAAGGUUUUGAGAUCAAAUUUAUAUCAGACUAUAAAAACAUCCAAACGGCUAGCUCAGAUGUGGAAGUGGAAUCGGACCCUUUUAGUCAGGAAUUCCAUGGGAAAUUCAUUUGACAGUGAUGAUGAUGAUGAGAUUAAUUCAGCUUGUUGUGAUCCUCCUGGACAUCCAAGUGUUUUCGACAUUGAUGAAGAUUUUGUCCCUCUCUCUCUCUUGGACCAAACCAAGAAAUGAAUCAGAUGGUUUUAAGAAGAUUAUAGGAUAUGUCAUAGAAUACGAAGACCCCACCACUGGAGGCAGGCUAAUGACUACCCAGUAGAUGAGUGUGUUUAUGAGGUGUAGGGAUUAAAAAAGGACAAGGAAUACAACUUCCACAUACGGGCCAAGAAUCUUGAAGGUUUUAGUGAGUCUAGUGAU